GACACACUAAGUCAUUUCAAAUCACUCCAGAUCCGGGCAUUCGCCCGUAUAAGAUUGAACCGGACCGACUGGUCCACGGCCGACACCCUCGUUAUCCCCCUCGCCAAGAAAUCUGCUCUUAAAAACAAAAUUCGAAUAAGAAUUCUCUAAACCCCCAACAUAUAAAAUAAGUAACGAGAUUCAAUAAUCGGAAAUUUUUUUAAGAAUUUGAUUGCAGAGUUGAAAGAAUGGGGUCUUCUUCUUGUUCAGAUGGAAGCUUGAAGCAACAAUUAGAGGAAUUACAGAAACAGCUUGGAAAGAAACAGAGAUUCGAGGAGGCAGUUUCCUCCAUCAAUUCCCUUCUUAAACUCCAUUAUCCUUCAGCUUCUCCCUCCCUUCGCAAAUCGUUUUAUUCCAUUGUUUGCCGUGUUGCUACCAUUUUGAAGACCAGAUACACCGCACCCGGUUUCUGGCUUGCCGGUUUACGCCUUUUCGAACUCUUGGAACCCCUUGUCUCUGAUACUUCUGAAAAGAGUCAUCUAAGGAAUUGCAUUUCUCAGGCUAAGCAACACUUGAAUGAAAUCGAAAACCCCGUCCAAUCAUCUGAAUCUUCCGCCAACAGAGGUUAUCUAUUUGAGGGACAUCUUACCGUGGAUCCUGAACCACCACAACCUCAAUGGUUGGUCCAAUCAAAUCUCAUGAAUGCUUUUGCUUCUGCUGCGGCUGCCGAAUCUUCUCAGGGUUCGGCCACAAAUGUUAACACAGUGGAAAAUGCUGCCAAUGUGCUUGAACAGCUCAUUGAUCAUCUUGAUAGUGUUAUACCAGAGAUACUUGAGAAUGAGGGUGGUGUUCGAAGAGUCCCACCAGCUAGUAAAGAAGUUGUCGCAAAGCUUCCAGUAAUUACUCUCACAGAAGAAAUCCUGGCUAAGCUUGGAUCUGAUGCUGAAUGUGCAAUAUGCAAGGAGAACCUUCUUGUUGGUGAUAACAUGCAAGAAUUGCCGUGCAAGCACACAUUCCAUCCUCCUUGUUUAAAGCCAUGGCUGGAUGAACACAAUUCUUGCCCAAUUUGUAGAUACGAGCUGCAAACAGAUGACCAUGAUUAUGAGAGCUGGAAGGAGCGGGAAAAGGAGGCCGAAGAAGAGAGAAAAGGUGCUGCAAAUGCUGUUCGUGGUGGUGAAUACAUGUAUGUGUAGAUGACUGGUCUUAUUGGAUUUAUACUCAAUUUUAAUGAUAUUUCAUUAUUGUAUUUAUACAUGUGACUAAGUGGUGUAAUAAAGAUACUGAUUUUUUUAACA